UUAACCAAUCAAUGGCCAAAGACUUCAAGAAGAAAUUGCAGGAUCUUUUGUUUCCUAAACCGCCUGAAGACAGUCACCACGAGCUGGUUAUAUCGCCGGACGAUGUAAUGAUCGGCACGGAAACAGUAAAGGAGUUGAACAGUGAUAACGCACUACAGUUUAGAUUGACUAAGUUGAGAGAGAUUACGUCGGUUGUUGCGAGGAAGCGAUUGGAGGAGCAUGCAGUUGAAGCAAUCUGGGUAGCUGUUCAAGACUUGGUACAGCCCAGUAAUCCACUAGAAGUGCGAGUUGUCGUAUUGAAAUUUCUGAAGGCUCUUAUCCAAGGCCAGUAUGAUCAUUUACAACUGUUACGAGAUCACUUUUUUCACGUCGUUGCUACUCACAACAUUGAGGAGGACUUUGGAUAUCGUCUGGAUAUUCUAAUUGAACUGACGUCUGGUGGAAGAAAUGUAACGUGCUUUGAAGAAGAGAUAGGGCCUUUGCUGUUGGACUGGAUGCCGGUGAUGGCAGGCCAUGAAAGACUUUGCAACUUCUUGAAUCUUCUUGUCAACAUUAUUCAUUACAACUCAACGUACUUGGACGACGAGAUCAUAACAGGACUUGUUGUGUAUGCGUGUGCCAUCUGCGAUAGACAAGAACCAAUAACUGUUAUUAUGGAGGCUUGUCUCACGGUCUUUGACUCAGUACUGAAGUACAGCUGUUUGCCGGUGAAUGCUUUGCAUCCUGUUAUCUUUACUCUAUGCCAUACGGUCAACAGGGAGGCUUUGUGUCCUGUAAGCUGGCAGUUAAUCAGCAACUUGUUGGGCACACAUCUGGGAAAGAGAGGAAUCUUUGUUCUUUGCUCUAUCUUAGAGGAAGAACAAAAUGCUAAGGACGCUCUACUAUUACAAGGUGCCGUCUACUUUCUGGGAAUGUCUUUGUGGGGUGCACGCAAAGUCUCAGCUCUUAGUCAUUCGUAUUCGUCUGUGUUGCCGUCAGUGAAGAAGGCAUUGAAGUCCGGUCAUUCGUCCGUCGUGUUUGAGAUUGUCUGCUCUAUUGAUCGGUUGGUUAGGAAGUACGGACAGACUUUGUUCCUCGUCACGUGGGAUCUCAUCACUGACAUACUCGAGACCGUGGCAAAGCAUGUAGAGAACGAAGUGAGUUUGGAUGAUGGCAGCGCAAUCGCUCAACAUCUCCACAGCGUGUGUUGCUAUAUAGAAGACUUGUGCGACAGAAACUGCUUCACUGGCUGUAAGGAAAGAUUCUUUAGUCUCGUAGAGAAACUAACUCUCAAACGACCGGAGUUGUGUGCGUUAACUCUGGUGGCAUUUAGAGCCGAGUCUAUAAUGAUUACUAGUCUGGAUGGGAUGUCAAACUUGUGCUCUUUGAUGAAGAAGUAUUAUCAGGAGGAGACGAGGACGAAUGUGAGAAUUAAGGCACUUGACGUUCUCAGUUCUGUUCUCAGCUCUUGCAGAUACACGUUUGAGGACGAACUCAUUGAAAUUGUUGUCUUACCAUACCUCCUACCUGUUCAUCAAGACAAUGAUAUGGCUGUACGUCAAAAUGUUACACAACUCCUAGUGGACCUUGCAUAUGACUGUGAUACGCCACACUUUUUCAUCAUAAUUGAUGCUAUCAAAAGGGUAGCAAACAGGGAGUUAACAGGAUUACGAGAUCAAGAAACAGAUUGUCACAAUGUGAAUGACGAUGAAGUCGAUUCUGAAAUGGAGGACGUCAAAACAGCUGUUGUUGGGUUGAUUUGCUUGUUUAAGUGGAAACUUAUGCACUUGCCAUCAAGUCACUGCUUUUGUAUCUAUCAGUCACUGAUAGAUCACGUCCAGUUACAGUACCAAAGGCGCAGCCUCAGUCGACAUAGAUCAGAGAUUCGUCAGAAGGUUUUCCAAUGUCUAUUGCAACUUCGAUCCAAUAGCUACCGCCACUUGGGUUACGUGAACGACGACGAUGACGACGGCAGUGAGGUUUUCAGCAACUUUGUAAUGUGUGAUGGGAGUUCAAUCGAUUUGAGUGAAGAAAAGAGGCCGAUCAGACUGUCGUCAUCGUCUACAAGCCCCCCACCGACUGUUCAACCUCCAGCUUGCAAUCCUAUCAACUUUGUUGCUGCGUUUGACCUCAUUCUAACGUCCUUGCAGCAGGAGUCGAACAAGGCUGUGACAGUAAAGGUUCUGGAGAUGCUGCCAGCCGUGCUUUGCAAUCGCAAUCUCAUUCUAUCAUGCAACGCAGAUCUCAACACUUUGUCUAGAGUUUUGUGUACGAUGGCGAGUCAUCAAGGUGCAUCUGAUCUGUCGUCACCAGGGAGACAGAGUCGACAGGAGGUGACAGAGUUUGUCUAUCCUGUUUUGUAUGUCGUGGCGAUGUAUCCAAGACAGUUGGAACGAAAACACAAACAUGAUCUUAUCAAAUGCAUUGAGUCUGGUAUACGAAGUCGUUCAUCACAUGCUGCCAUCAUAUCCCUCAGUCAGUGUUGUAUGGAGAUGCCGGUUGUCAUGGCAAGAUUGUUGCCGUCUGUAUUGUCCACGUUGGCACAACUGUCUGCAACAGUUGCUUUGUCGCUUCCUGUUUUGGAAUUUCUAUCAAACUUGUCUUGUCUUGAUGAGAUAUUUAAGGGAUUUCAUGAGUCACAAUAUCGUGCCAUCUUUGCAACAGCUUUGCCAUACACAGAUCCAUCAACGUUUUCUGCUCAACUCGUCUAUCUGGCUUAUCACACUAUAUUUACGUGGUUUGUUAAAACUCCUCUUUCUCAUCGGAAAGGUCUCGUUAAAUUCAUAUUGAAGGGUCUGUACAGAUCAGCAGGAGUUUCACCAGCAGUCAGUCGUCAGGGCAUUGAUAUCCAUACCUCACAGACGUCACUCAAGUCUCCCAAACUUGCUCGACCUGGUGUUGAUGGCAGUGGAUCUGAUGUUGUUAAUGGCAUUACACAACAUGAGGAGAUAGUCGAGCAAGGCUCACUCCAGAGAGUAAAGAGUGUCUGUGAGGUUUCGUUUCAUGAGGAGAUGAGAGAAGUGUGUCGUGACUUGAUGUUACGGUAUACGUAUGCAAACUGUUUUACACAGCCAAGAAGGUCUGCUUUGGCUUCGUCACUCGUCAACGGCGGGCAAGCAAAGCACUGGUUGGUUGGCAAUGCAGUUGUGACUAUCACAACAUCAGGAACACCAAAACCAUCAGCGACUUCUAUUGGAUCAACAAGAGGGCUGAUGCCCAGUCUGUCUCGUGAAGACAGUGCAGCAUCAUCCGUGCAGCAUUCGCCCGUCCGAUCAUCCAGCUUGUUCUCUGGGGGAGACAGUUGGCCGUGUGCACCGCCUACAUACGACGUCUCUCAGUGUCAGGGAUGGGCAGAAGUGCUGGUACGAAGACCAACCGGCAACAUGGCAUGGAUGAUGAAAAUGGAAAACAAACAAGAACACAACCGCAAAUCAUUACCAAUACCGUUGCUGUCAUCGUCAUCUAGUGGACUUCAGCAGGAUGACUUAGCUGCAAUCAGCAGUCACGCGUUGUUGGGAUCAUUUGGUCUUACACCUCAGUCCACGUUUCAUUCGUCUGGAUACUUGCAUCACUCUGUGAGGCAGAAGACGCCCGUGUCGAUGCUCAGUCCCAUACAGCAAGUCUUCUCAACUGACGUUAUCUCAGACACGUGCAGUGAUGACACGACGACCAACGAAACUACCGAGAUUGACAGAAGCGUUUUCCAGCUUGACAGCCUCACAGUGAAUCAACAAGUUCAACAUAAAGACUCGGCGGCAGCAGGGGCGUCUAUUUCUUCACGCCGAUCACGACGACAGUUAGAUUUUUUGAAGCCAUCUCUCGGUGUCAGUCCUCGUGAUCAUGAACACAUCAUGGGUGACCAUCACAAGACUAGUACAACUGUGGAGAGUUUGAAGAGUGACGUAGCAGGCGGGACACGUUGGAACGAGGAAGCGAGUGGAGACUCAAUCGAAACGUCUGGCCUGAGAUCUGAUCCGCCCGAUAGCUCAAUGUGUUCGAACCUUUGCCGUUAUGAUUCGUGUCCACAGCUGCAACUCAUAGAACGAAUGAAUCUUCAAAGUGUCCGAUCUCUCGAUCGUCAGCACAGUAAAGAGGCAGAAGAUGUGUUGCUCUCGCCAACAUCGCCACACGUAGACAAAAUUCUCUUGCCUCAACACAGGGCACCAAUCUUACCUCUAACAUUUUCAUGUCCUCAGCGGCAGACGUCUAGUGGUUCAACAGAUGAAUUUUAUGAUCCAAGUUUCUUGUUCUUGCAACUCUAUGGGCAAGUGUUUGUGACGGCUGAUGAAGAGAGUCAACCCAUCCUCUUGACCAAAAGUGAUUGUGUUGAUCGUUCGUUGAAAGUCAUAGAUCAUUUGCAGCCUUACAAUACUCACAAAAUUGGAGUUGUGUACAUUAGCAAAGGCCAGCAUGUGGAAACAUCCAUCUUAUCAAACGAGUCUGGGUCAUCCAAAUACUUUCACUUCUUGUCUGACCUUGGUAAACUCAUUCGGCUCAGUGACUGUCAUGCAAGCGAUGUCUACCUCGGUGGGUUAAGCCAGACAGGAGAAGAUGGGCAGUUUGCUUACGUCUGGACAAAUGAAGUCAGUCAGGUCGUGUUUCACGUUGCCACUCUGAUGACAAACAAAGUCAGUGAUCCGCAGUGUCAUGCAAAGAAGAGACACAUUGGAAACGACUUUGUCAAGAUUGUGUUUAACGAGUCAGGAGACAAGUACCAACCAGAAACGAUAAAAGCACAGUUCAAUCUCGUCGACAUUGUAAUCGACACACUAAGUGAGGAAUCAUACCAAGUGACAGUUCACACAAAACCAGGUAUAUCACCACCAAUAGCUGACGUAUUCCCUCGCAUCAUCUCUACUGAAUGCCUGCCCCUUCUUGUCAGACAAAUGGCCUUACAUGCUGACUUGAGUUGUAAGGCACACCAUUCAGAGUUGGGCACAGGCGACCGCACAAUGUCCAACUGGAUAGAGCGUCUCAAGAAAAUCAAGCAUCUCUACAGCAAGACAUCGUUUGAUAAGAGCAGCAAUGUUGUCUUUACAGACUACACGUGAUGCAUUGAUACUUGAAACAAGAUUCUAGACAGAGUCUAUUCAUAAUUGAUUGGAGUAUUUAUUUUUGUAGGUAAGGUAUGUGUUACACAUAGAGUCUAUAGGUACUGCAGUACAUAUACAAAUUGAAAGUUAGUGUUACUGUUUUGG